AUGGCCUGGAGCGGUGGUCCAGCGCGCCUGGAGUGCGACCAUGCCGCUGAAAUGUUGAUGCUGAAAGGGCAACACGUGAAGGAGAAUGUGAUUGCUGUCAAAGCUAUUGCAUAUAAGGAUGACGUCUACGUUCUUACUCCUAGACUCAAGCGCGGUGUGUUAGCGACAAUUUGGCUCGUGGUAGCGGCGUCCAGGGGGGUGGAGCUGCAGCCCUACCCUGACCUGAGCAGCCACGCCGUCGGCGACUGUCGCAAGCUGCAGAACGCUGUCGACUUCUAUCUUGACCAUUUUGGCAACCUAUGGGUCCUCGAUAGCGGCAUCAUCGAGACGCUCGGGCAGCCGCUCUGCACCUGCCAGCCCAAGGUGCUGGUGCUCAGCCUGCUGCUACACCAGGCCACCCGCGAGCUGGACCUGGCAGGGCUGGUGCAGCCCGCCUCGCUGCUGCAGGGGAUUGUCGUGGAGUAUGGGAUCGAUGGGAAACAGUUUGUCUACAUCUCAGACGCGUCAAGAGGCGCCAUCAUAGUGUACGACGUGUCAGCCGGCACUGGCUGGUCAGUUCUAGCGUGCGCGCCCGCGGCCGGACUCCAGCUGGCCAUCAUCAAGAGAGCCCUGGGUCACGCGGCGUUGGUCCUCGUGAGGAUUCCCCACGCGGGUCUCAUUGAGCUGGAUACUGGAGCGCUUAGGAGACAGGAGACUUUGGCUCCGCUUAGACUAUUCGAGGAGCACACCCACAUAAUAAUCCUGGGCGCGUCCGCCCACCACGUCUUCCUUCGCCUCGCCUCGUCCACCGACGUGCUAUCCUGGGACACAAAAGCCGCGUUCGACUCGCACCACUUGGAAACCAUCCACUCCUCAGUGCCGAGUCUACUACCGACAUCUGUUGCCGUUGAUCCGUUGCUACACACGAUCAUUGUGCUCGAUUCUAACUACCCUGACACGGUGCAAGGGAAUGGCCCUACGUAUCAUAGGAUCAGUUUUGUCGAUAAGAUUAUUUAUUGAUUUGUAAAUUAAACAGUUAU